AUGAACAAUCAAAGCGAGGAGCAGCAACUUGCAUUUCUUGAUCCUAAAAGAAUUACCUCGAUCAUUGAUCGACUGAAGGAGAAUGAGGAUCCUGAGAAGACAGCCACGAUUCAGAUACAGGUGAAUCUUAAGGGAUAUGAUCCUAGGAAGGAUAACAAGCUAUCGAAGGAUAUGUCUUUUCCUUAUAAGGUCAGAAGACUGGAUAAAAUAAUUGUGAUUGCUGACGAGGCUCACAUCAAGGCAUGUGUGGAUGCAGGCCUGCCACAUGUGUCUAUCGAAGAGAUAGCUGGAGACGAUAAGAAAGCCAAAAGAGAUGCCGUGCUGAAGGAGAACAAAUAUUUUAUCCUCUGCUCUGGAUACAACAAAGUCUUUCAGCUCAAGAACAUUCUCAGAUUUGGAAAAACACCUUACAUUCUUAAGGACGAUGAUGAUAUUAAGGCUGUUUUUGAAGCAGCAAAGAGGUCUUACAAGCUCCGUAUCAAGGAUUUUGCAGUUACCUCGUUUCCUGUGGGGCAUACUGGAAUGGAUUCUGAUCAUAUAUAUGAAAACAUCAAGACCGGGAUGGGGCUGCUUAUUUCCUAUCUUAAAAAAGGAACACAGAACCUAAAGGGCGUGAUGAUCAAGACUAAUCAGCAGUCUCCGGUGACUCUCUAUUAA